CUUGGUCCUCCUGGGCGAUUUACUUCGGGGAGUUUCAGGGCUUGGACUUUGCCACGUUGCUGUGGACGCCGGGCUUCGCUGCUGCAGGAUGUUGUGACUGAGGCAAUACGGUGCAACCCUGUGGGAUGAACGAAAAAGUUAAAGCACACGAAACAGCUGGUGGAGAUAGUAGUGCGUUUGUUUGAGUGGAGCGCUUUUAAAAAUGCUUACUGACGUGGUUAUCGAGGAGGAUUUCGAGCUGAGAGGCGAAGACCUUUGGUACAGCAAACAGGACCUUGAGAAUGAUUUACAUUUGGCCGCUGAGCUUGGCAAAACUCUGCUGGACAGGAACCAUGAGCUGGAGCAGAGCCUUCAGCAGAUGUACACAAACAACCAGGAACAGCUGCAGGAAAUCGAGUACCUGACCAAGCAGAUGGACGUGCUGCGUCAGAUGAACGAGCAGCACGCCAAGGUGUACGAGCAGCUGGACGGGGUGGCCAGAGAGCUGGAGCAGGGCAACUGCAAGCUGAUGCAGGACAACCGGGCCGCUCAGCAGAGGAUCCAGAGCCUGACUGAGACGGUGGACACUCUUCAGGCGCACAUGGACGAGCUGCAGGAGCAGGUGGAGCAGCUAAGUGCAGCCCAGUCGGAGCGCAGCCGCAGGGAGAAGGCCCAGCUGCAGCAGCGGCGCACCAGUCUGAGUGCCCAGAGUGUCCCCUGUCUGAAGGAGCUCUACGACCUGCACCAGGACAAGUGCCUGAUGUCCACUGACGUCCUAGCAUGUGAGCGUCCUUGGGUGCUUCAGCCGGAGGAGCAGACGGCCGCAGCGGAGGCGGAGGAGGAGGAGCGGGCAGCCCUGUGUGGGCUGGUCCAGACCCUGGAGGCCCAGCUGGAGGUGGAGCGCUCGCGCCGGCACGAGGCCGAGCAGGAAGCAGAGGCGACGGCAGAGGAGAACAGCAUGCUGGGACAGCGUCUGGCGGCAUUGGAUGGCUGCCGCAUCCGUCAGGCGGAGCUGGAGGCUGAGGUAGAGGAGCUCCGUCAGCUGUGGCGCUCUGAGAUGGCUAGUGCCAGGAGGGCACAGCAGCGGGCACUGCACGAUGACGUGUCCCUUAGCGCAGAUGGGCAGCCCGGAGGGGAGCAUGAGAGGGGAGAAGAACUGGAAGAGGAGGAGGAAGAGCAGGAGGAGGAAGAGCAGGAUGAGGGAGAGGAGGUGGUGGAGGAGGAAGAGAGAGGGGAGGGGAAGCCGCGGGCGCGAUGCCAGAGCGAGGGGGCCAUCCAGGGCGCCAGCGGUGAGGAGCUGCGGCGACGCCACAGGCCCACCUGUGCCCGCCGGCCCCGGGCGCUCUUGACACGCCGCGGGGUGUCGCUGCUCAGCGAGGUGGACGCUCAGUACAGCGCCCUCCAGAGGCAGUACGACGAGCUUCUCCGCCGCUCCCAGCACAGCGCCGCGGCCGGCGGCCCGCUCAGCCACAAGGCUGUCCAGACGCCCGCGGGUGGCGGCAGCUGUCCCAUCUACGCGCACGCCGCUGCCCACGCCGCCGCCCACGCUCCUCGCCGCCGCCUCUCCAGCUCGGCGUCCGGCGAGCCGCCCGAGUACAAGGCCCUCUUCAUGGAGAUCUUCAACUGCAUCCAGAAGACCAAAGGGGACCUGAGCGACACCAGCGUCCAGGCCCUCCACAGAAUGCAGACGAGACGUCUGAGCCAGUCCAUCCAGACGGAUGAGACACCGUGACUCACUCCCACAGAGAGGGUUGGCUACCACAGUUACUGCCUCUUUCCCCUGUCCUGGGGUUGGGGCUGCAGCUUCCUCUAGGCUUGGGCAUCAGUAAGAGCAGAGUGUGCAGGAUUGGCUUUGGGUUUCUCCACAGAUGCUUCUUUUUGUUUAACCUCCUGCCAUAUCGGAGCUCAGUUCUGUUAAAGAGUUGUGUCUUUACUUUACAUGGCUGGGUGCUGGACAAGCUUUGGUGUGGCGUUGAAGCUGUUUAGUUUUGUAGGCCUAUGUCAGGGGUCAGCUGAGACUUGCUGUGUUUCUUCCAAAACAAUUGCAAGUGAAAAGUUAGAUGCAAGAUGUAUUAAAUUACCGUUGACUUGACAUUUUGAACCACAAAGUAGACCCGAUUCAACGAAAACAUAUACAUGCUGAAUUUAGAAGCCAAUGAAUGUAAUGACUUCAGUUCUUAUAUAUUUGCACUUGAUUUGAUAUCAAUACAAUGAUGUGUGGUGCUUUGGGAUUGAAGAACAUUGCAGCUAUUUUGAGAUAGAGUUGCAUAGCUGGCUUGCAUGUGAGUGCCAUAUAUUCUUAUAGUAACGUUAAAUGUGAAUGAUUACGUCCAGAAUGAUGAAGAAAAUCUCAUGGACUGUCCAGAAGCUACAAAGCCUGGGCAAGAAAUGUGUUCAGGGAGUCCAUACUGUUUAGGCAGUGGAUAAAGUGUUUGUACUUGUUGUUGGAACACAGAGCAGAUAGACCUACCAUGGAGACGCUAAACUGCUUUGCACACGACCGUAUUAACAUUUUCCUCUUAUUUAUUAUUUAUUAUAAAUUAUAAAUAUUUAGAAAUGAGAGUUUAUUUAUUUUGUACCUUCUCGUGUGUUUACAGUUAUGCAUCUCAAAUGGAUGAAAUUAUUGUUCAUGUAACUAAGUCAGAGGUCAGUUUUGUAAGUUACUUAGUGGAGGCAGAGAUUGGAUUUGACACGCAUUCCUGCAGUCAGAAUUACACAACAAGCAUAAUCUUGUAGUCUCUGUUACAGUAGCUAGCAGUUGUCUACUUGAAUCAAAGACACAAGGUGAUUUUGUGUUUUUUUUUUUUUUUU